AUGGUACUUUUCGAGAAGUUGAAAAACGAAAUACCUUCAAGAGAGGCACAGUUUCGCGAAGGAGCUGUCUAUAUAGAUCGAUUUUACGACGUUAAACCGGCAGGAACUUUACUGAAAUGUGAUACUUUUACAAUGAAGCACUGCUUGGAGCAUCUGAAAGGAAGAGAAACUCCAGAGAUAACUAAAAGGAUGGGUAGAUGGACGAAUCCUGGUGUGGGGGAGCGCAGGUUAUUCCAUGCUCUUGUUAAUGAUCCUGAAAUAGAAACAGCUAAAGUCAUGAAGCAUGGUGCACUUAGCAAAGACAGAACUGAAGUCAAAGAUGUAAUAAGACCACCUGAACCAACUGUAUUAGGUGAAAUGUUGACAAAAGUACGCGAAGAAAUAUACGAAUCAGUUAAGAAACCUCUUGGUUGUUCACCUGUACAGAAUCUACCUUCACAUAUUGAUAAAUAUAAAACAACUUUUGGCAUUAAACAUGAACCAGGUGACAGAGUCGGUGAAUUAGUGAAUCCACCUAGAAAGCGUGUUGAUAUAAAAAAUCAAGAAUUGGAUGAUCGUGAACAUUAUCUUGUUUCUCACAAACAUUUAUUACCUGGUGAACAAGCGCACAGAAGAUAUGAAAACUUUGAUAAGAAUCAAGUAUUUGGUAUCCAUACUUAUUGUGAUCCAAGCGGAAUACACGUACGUCAUGCUAUGAAUUGGAUAGCUAAUACUUCAACAAGUACACCAAUAACGAAUCAAAGACAAAUAGAUUUUAAAGAGAAAUAUGAUCAUGUUUUGGGCAAAGUGAGAGAUCCGAUAAAAGAUACAAUGAAUGUUCCAGAUGAUUACACAUUUGGCCUAUGUAGUAAAGAUAAUGAUAUAACUGCUGGACAACUGUUGCAUGAUUUAUUACCGAGAAGAAUUGCCGGACUACCAGUUGAAGACAGUAUUGGUCAACAAAAUGAUACCAAUGCUAAGCGGUUUAUUAGUUCUGGGGAAAGAUUGAAAGCAAUGCUGUCGGUUAUUCACCAUGCUUUGAGAAACCAGCGUUAUUAUCAUGGAUCAGAGAUUACGACUGCUUUAUGUCAGUUGGCUAACAAGUCUGAUCUCAUCCCAAUGAUUGAUGCAAGACGAAUUUACAAUCACUUUCAAGUACCUUUAGAUGAAGAGUUAACUGAACAACUAUUCGACUUAGUGAUUGUACCAGCACCAAAAGAAAUGAUUGACAAAAUGAAAGAAACUUUGAAAAAGAAUAAGGAGAAUUAUACAAAUACAGAAAAAAAUUAUCACAUUGAAAAAGAUCUACUGAAUUGGCUGUUGAUUGGCGUAAAUUAG